AUGAAAAAAACGGUUGUUAGACCUUACACUAGGUCAGCAGUGCCGCGACAACGAUGGACUACUGAUCUUCACCGCUAUUUUGUCCAGAUCGUCGAACAUCUCGGUGGCGAAAGAAGCGCAACACCUAAGAAGAUUUUUCUGUUAAUGAGUGAGAAUGUGAGAAUACUCAAAAUUUCACAUGUGAAAAGUCAUCUCCAGAUGUAUAGGAACAAGAAGAAGGCAGAGUCCAUACAAGAAGAGAAAGUGGCACGGCAAAGGAGURGGCGGCAAUCUCAACAAUACCUUGUCUAUGAACGGAUUCGAAACAAUACCAACUUUAUCCAAAACCAAAAUCAACAAAGGCUAUAUAACAAUAUAUAUGAAAAGAUAACCGCAUUUAUAAAAUCAACUAAGGAAGUAUCGUGCAACUCUCUCUUUCAAUCUUCAAGAAUCGGACAGAAUGAUGGUGCUCUAAAAGAAGAAGUUUCGAAGGGUGAAGAAGAUAUGUCACUUGAACUCACUCUUGGUCUCAAGUUCUAG